ACAAGGAUGCAGUGAUGAAAGUAGCGGUAGACUCGGAUCCUGUCUCCCAAGAAAAAAGCUUCAGUUUGCACAGACAAUAAGUCUUUUAACGUCAAACAUUUUUUUACUAUCUCUAUUUCUCUCCAUCUUUUUUCUUCCUUCCUCAAAGAAAACCUAAAAAAAAUGGCUGAUGAUAUAAACAAUCAGUACGGCCUCCCUGAUCUCGGCCAACUGGUCUCCGGGAGAACCCAUUUUCCCGUGAAUCCACAAGUAGGGGAGCAAUACUUGUUUCAUAGGAAUCAUCAGCAUGAGUCAAUCAUGUUGCCCGUUGGGUUGGUUAGCUUUGGUCACGAUCAUCAUCAUAUUUCUUGUAAUACUUCUGUUUCUGGUGCUGCUGCUUCUGGUUCGGCUCAUAGUUCGAGAUAUGGAGGAGGAGGAGGAGGAGUGGAGAGGGAGAGUGGUGGGUGGAGUUUUGGAAAUGAAAGUGGGAAUUGCCGGUGGCCACGGCAGGAGACGCUUACUCUUCUUGAGAUCAGAUCUCGACUUGAUAAUAAGUUCAAAGAGGCUAAUCAGAAAAAACCCUUGUGGGAUGAAGUCUCUAGAAUAAUGGCGGAGGAACAUGGCUAUCACAGGAGCGAGAAGAAAUGCAGAGAGAAGUUUGAGAAUUUGUACAAGUAUUACAAGAAAACAAAGGAAGGUAAAGCUGGAAGGCAAGAUGGAAAAAACUACAGGUUCUUUCGCCAACUUGAAGCUCUCUAUGGAGACACAAGCAAUAAUAAUCAAAAUAUUUCACUCUCAGAAUCCAAUCUUGAUCAUCAUAAUCAUUCCAAUUCUAGUCUUCUUUACCAAACUCAACACAACCAAGAGGCUUUUCCUGAUCAGAGCCUGAGUCUCUCCAACACUUCCGAAUUCGAAACCGCUUCUUCAGAAAACAAUGAUAAUGAUGAUCUUUCAGCCAUUGCCUUUAUGAUGAACCAAAAAUCCAUGGAGAAUAAGCAGAAGAGGGUUAAGAAGAGCUGGAAGGAGAAGGUUAAGGAAUAUGUAGAUUCACAAAUGCAGAAGCUAAUGGAGUCACAAGAGGCCUGGAUGGAAAGAAUGCUGAAGACUAUUGAAGAUAAAGAGCAAGAAAGAUUGUGUAAAGAAGAAGAAUGGAGGAAUCAAGAGGUGGCUCGGUUUGAUCAGGCGCAUGAAUUUUGGGCUAAAGAGAGAGCUUGGAUUGAAGCGCGAGAUGCUGUAGUAAUGGAGGCACUGAAACAAUACACCGGAAGAGGAUUAGAAGUUUCACCAUCAGCUGAUGCAAAGAAAGUUGCCAACAAUAAUAAAUGGAGUGAAGCUGAGACUUCAUGUUUAGCACAAGUUGUAACAAAAUUCCAAGAAAAUGGAUGUUCAGAUGAAAACGUGUGGGAGGAAAUAGGGGUACAAAUGGCUAGUUUGGGAUAUUUCAGGAGUGCAAUUGAGUGUAAACAGAAAUGGGAGAAGAUGAAGAUGUAUUUCAAUAUGGCAACAGAGUGCAACAAGAAGCAAAGGGUUGAAAGCAUGGAUUUGUCUGCAAGUUCUUAUGGAGGAACCCAAGUGUUUCACAUGAUGGGAAUUGAAGAUCAGGAGAAUUUGUGGGAGAAGGGAAAAAAUCAUCAAGUGAGAGAGAAUUUGAGGUUUUCUCCAUAGAAAUUUUCUAGGCUUUAGCUUGUUGAUGAGAAGGUAAGAGUUAUUAUGGGUGUGUCACAACUGGGGUUUUGUUUAAUUAUCUGUUAAGUAACUGGCUAGGGAAUUUUCUUCGCCAAUUUACUCAAUUCUUAAGUGCAAGAAAAUUAAAACCUAAAUGCUCAUUAAAAGAUGUCAGGUUUUCCAUGAAUCAAAAGAUGAUAAUUCCAGAGUUGUGGCAUUUAA